AACCCAGUGAAUGCUAAAUGUGAUCUCAGCGUGUACAAAUUGAGGCCUUUUAUUGUUGCAUUUCCACAGGUAAAGGUAGUUUUGAUACUCACAAUUGCGCCUUGGUAAAGUUACUCAGCAAAGCUCCAAAAUUGACGCCCGUCAUUUGUUUCUGACCACCACGUGAACUGGCCCUCAAGAUAUCUCAGGCUCUCCUUGCAUUCCUUGCCAUCCUUGCGUCCAUCACUAUGGCCUCCCGAAAACGAGAUAUCUUUUCUUCGGCGGGUAUAAAAGAUGCUUUGUUUGGAAAUCAGAUUGAAGCGCAGGAUGCAGACAGCGGCAAGCUGCCAAAGCAUCCCACCCACUCUAGGUCCCCAAGCCCCAUGCCUAGGGAACGUAUCUACUUCUACAACAGAGAGGAUCCCUACUACUCGUUCACCAAUUUCUAUCCCAGCCCCAUCAAACAUGAAGGGAAGAUAUAUCCAACUAGUGAACAUCUCUUCCAAUCACUCAAGUUCCUUAGAGACAACCCUGAGAUUGCAGAAUAUAUUAGAAAGUUCUCAGAUAACCCGAGAGACGCUUUCAACGAAGCCCAUCGCCAUAAUGACAAAGUUCGUUCUGAUUGGUUGCGCAUCAGGAUUGAUAUGAUGGAUUUAGUUAUCGGGCACAAAUUUCGCCAGCACAAGCACCUGAAGGAUGAAUUACAGUCCACCGGCGACGCUGAGCUGUUUGAGGACUCUCCUUAUGAUGCUUAUUGGGGAAUUGGCCGGGAUGGAACUGGCGAAAACCAGCUUGGAAAGGCACUUGAGCGUCUGAGGACGACUUUACGUGAAGAGGAAGCUGCCAAGGGGGCGAAGGGGGUGGGAGAGGGCACAAAGGGCGCAAACGAGGCUAAUCGUGCCAUGCGUCUCAACCCGAGGGACAAUAUCGGUUGGAAUAAACACCAUGGUGGCGUAGAAGACGUGGUCGCAGGAAAACCCUAUACGCACCGCCUUGAGCCUGGAUCAGGAUCAUCGAAAGAUAGCCAUCUUCGCCGUCCACGUAUAUUUUUCUAUAACAGAGAGGAUCCACACUACACUUUCACCAAUUUCUAUCCCAGUCCAAUCAAACACGAGGGGAAGAUCUAUCCAACCAGUGAACAUCUCUUUCAGUCGCUCAAGUUCCUUAGAGACAAUCCUAAACUUGCAGAACAUAUUAGAAAGUCUUCUGAUGAUCCGAGAGACGCUUUCAACGAAACGCAUCGGUAUAACGAUCAAGUUCGCUCUGAUUGGUUGCAAAUCAGAAAUGAAAUGAUGGAUAUAGCACUCUCACACAAGUUCCGCCAACAUAAGCAUCUGAGGGACGAGCUUCUGUCUACUGGCAACGCUGAACUGAUAGAGGAUUCUCCUUAUGAUGCUUAUUGGGGAAAUGGCAAGAACGGUAUGGGCGAAAAUCAGCUAGGAAAGGCAUUGGAGCGGUUGAGAUUUAAGCUAUCUGAGGAGGAAGUCAAACGAUAUGCAGGUGAGGUGGUGGAAGAUCCAGAGGACAUUGGGAAUAGGCGCUGGCAAGAAAAUAGGAAGAAAUUGUAAUAUCCCAGCUCGUAUUUUUCGAUGCUCUCUCGGAGUUGAGAUAACUUUCAUUAACAUAACUACCAUCAAUCAAUGUACUGUAUUCGUUUCCAUAUCUCGAAGGUCUUAAAGGUACGACUAACCGCCGUGAAAUACAAUUGAUCAGACA